GAUGAUUUAACCUCAGACAUUGCACUUCCAAGCGUGACUUCACCGGUUAGAAAACACCUGAUAGGUUUAUUUCGUGACCCAUCCCUGUUAUUUGCGUUUUAAUCUCAAAACAAACGAACGUCUCCCAUAUUCAGUGCAAGUUUGUUUUGCCUUCGCAACCGAUCGACACUUUUGUUGGCUAAAUGUGAGUUAUCGAAGUUGUUCUGAGUUGUUUUAAGUAGAUGCUCACCGAGCAGGUCUCUCUAACACUGGUUUUCAUCUCUUUUUGUGCUUAAUUUAGCUCAAGUAUCGACAAUGGGUCUUCUUUCACUUGGAUCGCCUUUAUCCUGGUCAGAAACGAAGCAAUACGCCGAUCAUGUACGAAAACAUGGCAUACUACAGUUUCUUCAUAUUUACAACAAGCUUAAAGAUCGAGAAAAUGACUGCUUAAAGUGGGGAGACGAGGUACAGUGCUGAUUUUUUUUUCACCUCAAAUUUGUUAAUUAAACAUGCAUUCAGAAACGUCUUUAGCAAAUCAUCGUAAACAUGACAGUGCAUAAUUUUGCGCUUAUCCUUGUACAGCUGUAAGUUGAGGUUUUCACUGACCUAAGCUUUAUAUUUCGUCGUUCUGUGUAUUUCAGAGUAAAAAAAUUUUCUUCCAUCGAGUUUAUAAUUAUCGUUUUCCUAAGGUGGAAAUUUUCACUAUCAUGCAAACGGCACAAUAUGUAGAUACGUAAUAAUAUUAUUGUUAUGUAAAGCGUUGCUGUUGACACUGUGCAAUAAUGGGCCUAAAUAAUCGCUUAAUUGCAGAAUACUUGUAAAGUUAUUAGCCCUUAGCUGGAUCAGGAGAGGAAAUUCAUUCAGUGAAAGCAAAAACUGAAACAAAAACUCCAGAAUACCUAUGUAACUGUACCUACCCAACCGGGCCUUGGCAUAUUUUAAGUGUUUGCAAAAAAUGCUAAUAUUUACUUUUUGUGGUCCUUUGCACCCAUUUUAUCAUUGAUACAGCAGAUAGGUUACAUAAUGAUUCCUCUUGCAAAUAUGGUUGUUUACUAAUCUUGUUGACCUUCCCCGGGGGCCUAGGCCCUAGACCUCUUGCAAACAAAGACAUACAACAAACUAGAACAAAUAAAAAAUCAUUUUGUUUUUGGAGAAUUCUGGGUCAAUCCGGGAAUUGUAGAAAAUUUUUAUGUUUGAAGUGAGUUAACCGUUAACUAUACUUUUCCCACAUAAAUGUACCCCUUUGUACUGUCAUACCUCAAUCCAUUGUUUUCUACCCCCACCUACUCCUUCCUCUCUUCAGACUGGCCGUAAAGCUUGAAUUAGGACUCUCUACCUCUCCUGAUCUAUUGCAGUUCUUCAGGCUUGAGCGUAGCACCCCUCUAUGCCCCUCAAACUUAUACGCCCCCUUGGUUUACAAGGUUUGAGUACAGUCUCCUCCUUAUCAAAACAUUUCCUUGUAGUCUUUGUUAAUUCUUAAUCAUGUUUAAGUAGAGUCUGUCUCCCCUCUAUUCCCUGAACCCAUUUGGCCUUGCAAAAUUUAAAAUAUCAAUCUUGUAGGCUCUGGUAAAACAGUCAAAAAACUACUAGCUUCCUAAUUUCUAAGAUGCAGACUGUGUACACCAUUUUCUGCAUACGAGCUUGGGUCAAUAUUAACAGUACCCGACUAGCAGUGAAUAUACAUGGGUAGAUUACCUCUUACAAUGUACCUUAAGAGAAUUGGCUGGUCUACUAUGCUCAUGCACAUGUAGAGUGUUAAUAAUAGUACCUCAUUUGGAAAAUUAAGGUCCCCUUCCUCUAUGCCCCCUACCAAUAUAUAUAAGCAGAAGCAGCUGUGUGUUAAGGUCCCUGUUGUUUUGACAUUCUCACAGAAUUUAUUGAGAGCCAAUUGUUCAAGCCAUGUACCUACUCUAAAAUUACAUUCUUGUGAGAUGUAGUUGUGACAAUUCAAAAAAAUUGUCAAUAAAAAAUUGUUACAGCCUUGACAUGUCUCCAAUAACUUUGUUGUACUUGUUGUAUUUAAUUACAUGAUUAUCUGUUCUUCAUUUUCGAGGAAGUGUUGAGCUCAACAGCUUGUUGGCAGCUAAAAAUGUUCCUGCUUUUGAUUAUUGCUAGGUGGAAUACACAUUGCUAAAAUUCGACCAUGAAAACAGGAAGGUGUUCAACAAUUUAAGGGCAAAAGAAGUUCUUGAUGUCCUGCAACUUGAUGAAAUAAAAAAUCCCAGGUGACACAUAAUAUUCCUUUAUUGUGGUAAAUUCUGGUAGUGCCUACAUGUAGCUAGACCAAGCAGUUGUUAACGCAUAUGUGCAUAAUGUAAGAAUUGCUGGAAAUCCUGUACGUCAACCUUGUCGCUUUGCCUGAAUUAAGACUACAUAAUAUGUAGCGUAACCAGCAAGUCAUCUUCUGAUACUGGUGCCCUUAACUGUUCACAAAUUACAAUAGGUGCAUGUAUAGUACAUCCUGAGUCAUGAGGCCCAAAUGGCCCGAGCUUAAGUCCGUUUUUGUUACGUGUUUAGCACCUCAAGUAUUAUAAUGUUUUAUUUUAUUUUUAAAGCACAAACAAGACAGCAUGGAGACCAGAAUAUGCUGGCUACAUGGUUGAAGGUAAAGGCUUUUUUUUAGCUGCAAAUAUAAUAAUAAUAUUACUAAAUCAUAAUUGCAGCAGGUCAUAUUUUUAAAUCACAGUGUGAUCCUUUUUCUUAUUUGACUUUUAAUAUUAUGUAGACUCCUGGUCGCUUAAAAAGGUAGAGAACGCUAUCCAAUGGAUAAAUCCCUUUCCAAUGAAUAAUGCAAUUGGUUUCCCUAAUACUUAUAUCCUCUAGAUAAUAAUCAGUGGAUAACAUUAUCCACCUUUUUAACAACUGGGACCUGCUAAUUUUCUUCUCUAUAGGGACUCCUGGGCAGCCAUUUGGUGGCUGUAUGAGGCAUUUUAACAUGAUUGAAGCUAACAUGAAAUUGAGGUAUUUGCGUACAUGUAUUUGAUCAGUUCAUCAACAUUAAAACUUAGACAUACAUUAUUGCAACACUUUAAUUGUGCUUUUACAGAAACAUUGGCUCUUUAUACAGUUGUAAUCAAGGGAAUUUAGCCGGCCAGGAAACCAGGAUUGAUACUUUAAAUAAUGUCAUUAAUUCCUUUGCUUUAGAAAUCCGAUGAGUUCAGUCGAUUUAUUGUUUAAAUUCACCUUUACUGUUGUUUGAUAAACAGACGGGAAGAAGUUCAGAAGAAUUUGACAGAACCUGGAGAAACAGUUCAAUCAAUUGUUGCAUUUCCCAGGUAGAUAUCUACAGAUAAGUGUUUUGUAAUUAACUGGACUGAAUAUGAUUAUCUGGGGAAGUUAUCAUCAGUUUCUUUUCUGGUAAUUGUUCAAAUUUCAGUCACUAUCUACUUUAAUCCCUUAAUUGAGUAUGCCACCACUGAACCAAAAAGUGUACACUGUAGUUGUUUAGACUAGUGUCAUACUCCAAUAUAUUAAUUUUAUUUCAGACUUGGGUGCCCGAACUUUACGUUUCCAAAUUUCAAGCCUACACCCGGAAGAGGAAUAACAAGCUCACUGUUUUUCCCCGAUCAGGCAAUUUUCCAGGGGCAUCCAAGAUUCAGGUUUGUUACAUGUAACUGUCCAGAAGUUGUAUCCUGCAAAUGUGUAAGAUCAAUUACAUAGAUUUACAUAUAAUAACUUUUGUUUCUUGUUUCUAUCAGCACCCUGACCAGGAAUAUCAGAGAACGAAGAAGCACAAAAGUUGCUAUCAAUGUUCCAAGUAAGUUAACUUUAAUUUGUAGGUGAUUGCAUCAAAUUAAUCAUCCAAGUCCUUUUGACUUUUUUUGGUUUUGCUUGUCACUGUGUCAUAUUCAGUUUGUAAACAAUGUUGAAAAUUAAGUUGACUUGAAUGUAUUUUUCAUCGAGUACGAUUGCAAGUUUUCACACCAGAUUUGAGUGCCUUAUAAUAGUCAAUAAAUUAACAUGCCAAUGUUAUCCCUAACAUUUAUAUAUGUUCGUGGGGUACACAGUUAGCUUGAAAAACUAAAGUUGCCCUUUCCUUUAAGAUGUUGGCAAAUUAAGAGCUAAGAAUUGCUUGCAAAGACCAGUAGAGACAAAAUUACAUGGGGUGCAUGCUAUUCCAAGUUAAUCACUUAAUCUGCUGUUAUAAAAUUGCACCCAAAUGUGGAAUAUUUUUUAUCAACAGUCUUUAAAGAUGUGAAUACUCCUUCUCCAUUCAUUGAAAAGUUUCCUGAAGUUGAGGGAGAAGGUGCACAGGCUGCCCAACCUGACCACAUUUACUUGGAUGCAAUGGGCUUUGGCAUGGGAAUGUGCUGUCUCCAGGUACAGUUACAAACAAAACCAAAGACAAAGAAAAGAAAAGAAGUGGCACUAGCUAGUGUGCAAAAAUACGUAGACAUGUUUAGUCAAAAUCUCAGACGUACACUUCUUUAGAAUAGACACCUUGAGUUAGAUGUUCUCCAGUCAUUGCGUGUUAGUAAGUAAGAUAAUAUUUUUUGUUUUAUUAUAGAUGACUUUUCAAGCUUGCAGCAUCAGUGAGGCAAGAUAUCUGUAUGACCAGUUGGCAGUUGUCACUCCUAUUGUGGUAAGUUAAGAUACAAUGUAUUAUUUUACUAGAAAAAUUCUCAUACAUUGUUAAAGUUUUAUGGUAACUUUAUUAGGUGGUUUAAUUUCUACUGAAAAUUGAUUUGGAAACACAACCUAACUCAUUGUCAUAACUGUUGAAAAAAGUUUCUUCGUCCAGUUUAAAAGCCUGUGAAUUUGCUUUAGUAUUAAUCCAGCCCAAGUGCCUACCCAACUGAGUUCUCACCACUAAAAUCUAAACACAAAUUACACUGCAGAAUUAUACAGAUGUUGUGGUUCAAACUGUACUUUCACUUUACUCUAUUUUAUCUCAGAUCCAUUAACAUAACCUGACACAAAGAAAAACACAGGUCAAAGUUGUUAGACAUUUUUAACCAAAGAAAAAUUUGAACCACAAACCAUGCAUCACACUGCCAGAUGUUCAAGAUAUGGCUUAAUUUAUGUCUUCUGGCUGAGCUGUUUAAAUGAUUUUUUGUUUGCAUCAUUUUUUGCCAUGUGCAGAUGGCGCUGUCUGCCGGUACUCCUAUACUACGUGGGUACCUCUCGGAUCUGGACUGCCGAUGGUGUGUUAUUGCUGGUGCAGUGGAUGAUCGUACUCCAGAGGAGAGAGGCCAGGAGGUACUAGUAUGUCCUUCUCUAGUAUGACGUUAAAAAACUGUAAAAUCAUUUACAAUUAAUUCGCUUAAAAAAAAAAAAAAAAAAAAAAAGUUAUUUUCCCAAUUUAAUGAAAAUGCACUUAAUUUAAUUUUAAAAAAAAAAAAAUGUUAAUAAAAUAAUGAUAAUAAUAAUAAUAAUAAUAAUAAUAAAUAAUAAUAAUAAUAAUAAUAAUAACAUUGCAUGUAAAAAUGCAACAGAACAAUUCAGUUUAUGCUGAUUAUUUUACUUUCUCAUACACUGUAAUAAUAGUCAAGUAUUGACAUGCAUUAAGUCAUAAUGCAAAUAAAUGUCAGCAUUGUUAUACUGUCUGAUCUCAAUCAUUAAUUUUCUAGAAAUAUUGUGAAAAUCACCUUUUUCAUUUUUAUAUCAGUGUGGCUAAAAUUGUUAUUUCUUCUUUUCAGCCCCUAAAGGAAAACCGAUUUGUGAUUCCCAAGUCACGAUAUGAUUCCAUUAGUACUUAUCUGUCUCCAGAAGGAAAUAAGUACAGUGAUAUUGACUUGGUUCACGACAAGGAGAUUUAUCAGCAGCUUGUGGAUGCAGGUUUGUUUUUAUUCUAUUUAAUUACAUGUACACUGUACUUCUGCCACAACUCCGUAGUUUGGAACCCUCCUGUGCAUGACGCUGAUAGCCAAAUGGCAGUCUUCAUGUUUGUCAGUUCUUUCAUAACUUUCUUUCCUUAUACUUUAAUGAUUUCUGUCUGUAGCACUUGGAAAACAAUUUAAAACAAUAACAAAACAAAAUAAAUAUAAACUCGUGUCUUAAGUUAAAAUAAGACAGUCUGUGCUUACUUGAAGAAACUGCUUCAAACUGUUGUUUUUAUUUGGUGAAAUUAUUCAUGACAAGUAAAUUUUUUAGUGAAAUCAUUUAGUGUCUGAAUUGAAUUCCUGAAUUUUAAUGAGUUUUAAUUUCCUUUUACAAUCCUUGACUUGAUCAUUGUUUUUUUUUGUCGUGAUAAUCAGGAAUUGAUGAACAGUUAGCGCAGCAUUAUGCUCAUCUAUUCAUCCGUGAUCCUUUGACAUUGUUCCAUGAACAUAUUUAUGAAGAUGACGAACAGCACACUGAUCACUUUGAGGUACAUCUCAGUAUACACUGCUUUCUCACCUUAUUCAAUCAAAACAUCAUUAAUUUUUUCCUGAAAAAGAAUAAUUUAAGAUAAUAUGUAUUGUAAUUCGUGAGAUAAACUCGCGUGGCACACAUCACAUCUUUAAAACUCUGUAUUAUUCUUAAACAAUAAUUUUCAGUAGUUUCAGAUCUGAGGGAGGAGCAUGGGAGAACUCAUCCCCCCCCCCCAACCUGAGACCCGCAGUGCCGAGUCACAGAGUAGCCUCGUUUUGUCUGGAGUGCCCCCCUCCCCCCCAUCUCAUCUUCAGCUGUUAUAGAACAGUACAGAUCGAUGUAUUUCACAGAAUUAUCUUGAUUUCUUUUGGUCCCAAACGUUGCUUACCAUUUGAUAGGUAAACCAGUCGGUUCACGGUUUGGAUAAAUGUGAAGUAUUAAAAAUUCAGAACUUACCAUUUGCACAAGCCAGUGCCAUUUAUCGAAAAACGGUCGCAAACACCUGAAACUGGUAUGACUGAUGUGUUUGAAGAAGUGGAACUGGAACUUCCGUUUGGAAAACCGUGUAUUCCGACCGGGAAAACAGGAUCACCUUUUCAGACCUUAUUUUACUCCCGGAAAUUUCCACUGGAACGACCCGAAAUGGAAAAAUGGUAAAACACCUGAAAGAUGCAGGAAAGCGUACAUUGGGAUCCGUGUGCCUUGGUGGAAUGGGAUUUUGAUUGUUUAAAGAGUGUUGUGUCUUGUUAUUCAGAAUAUCCAAUCAACCAACUGGCAGACAAUGAGAUUUAAGCCACCUCCCCCUAACUCAUCUAUUGGCUGGAGAGUAGAAUUCAGGCCAACUGAGGUAAGAGGAACCUGCAGAACGGGCGUUAUUUUUCGCGUUUUUCAGGCGAGCUUGGGGUGCGUGACACGCACGACGUUGGAAGGCGCAGUGUCUCGCCCCUCACGCCCGCUUUGUGUUUACCUUCGCUCGCUAAAAAAAACGCCUAGUGAACAUAACGCCUGUUUGCAGGCUAAGGUAACUAUUGAAAUUCUAAAAGUAUUACUACUUUAUUGAAAACAUGUAAGGCUUCUCUCAAGAUUCAAGCAAGUUGCUUUUCAGGGUGACUGUGGCUUUUAUUUCAACGAUGAAAAUGUUCAAAUAAUACGUCACUAGUAGCAUUUGUUUAGAGACAUAUUGGUAACAGGUUGAACUGUUUGUUUUUUCAAGGUGCAACUGACAGACUUUGAGAAUGCUGCCUAUGUGACGUUUAUAGUGCUUCUGACGCGGGUUAUCCUCUCAUUUGACCUCAAUCUUCUGAUUCCCUUAUCCAAGGUAAAUAAACAGGUUUUAUCUGACUAGGUUCAUGCUCUGAUAACUGCUCCAUCUAGAAAGCUGUACACAUACCACUGUAUGACCUAGCCAGAUGUUCUUUCCCGCUCAGUUUGAACCGUGAAAUCCCGAUAAUGGUUGUCACGAGCAUUCUGUAUUACUUUCACUUAAAAAAGAACGUGAGAAAAUAUUUUCCAAGAGCAUAUUAUAUGGCCAAAUAUAGAUAUUCCUUCUUGAGGUAACAAAUCAGGAAAAUCCAAGCUGGCGAGAUAAGCCCGUCUCGCUCGCACGGCAAGCCAAUCAAAACGCAGUAUUUGAUACAUUUAGCUCAUCCACCGAACCUGUUUAUAGUAAAAAUUAACCAGUGAAGUUCUGCUGCUUUGGGGAGUUAGUUAUUUUUAUUCAUAGCAGUAUAGUAUUGAUAGUGGAGGUAUUACUGCACUGAAAAUUGAAAAGAUCUGUUUCAGCCCCAAAGUGUCAAUUCAGCCCUGCAGGCCAAAGUCUGAUUCAGCCCUUCCUGGAGCCAUUUGAGCACAAUUUAGGUCAAAAAAAAAUCUAUCCAAAGUCUGUUCCAGCCCACGGUAGGGCCCAUUUCAGCCCUGGGACCAAAUAAGCCCUAGCUAAUUGGACUGUAUUGGCCCUGAUUUAAGGGAGCCAAAUUAGACUCAAAAAUAGGACUGUAUUUUACGCAACGAAUCGGCCCUAUUUUUAGGGCUAAAAUAGAUCUUUCUGAUUUAGACUGUGUGUGUUUUCAUUAGCAAUUACCCCGUUAGUGAGUAGAGGUUGUCCAAUUUGGCUUCAUUAAUAUCCUCUCAGGUUGACGAGAAUAUGAUCACGGCUCAGAAGAGAGACGCUGCUCGUCAGGGCCAGUUCUACUUUAGGAAGACCUUGAAGAAAUGUGAGUGGAUGAUAAAGUUAGUUUUUUUGUAUGUAACGGAUAAGAGAUCUAAGCAGGUACUGUCAUCCAAACGCGUUCUCCAGAGAAUCUCGUAGGAUCGUCUGUUUCUAUUCUAUCGCUCGCCAUUUUUGAGUUCCAAAAAUCCUCCGUUUCAAAAUCAGGUCAAAUGCAAAACCUCUUAUGCGUAGAAGAGUUUAUUUACAUGAAAUUAAAAAUAAAAGUUGAUAUCAAAGUCUCUGUUCUUACCCAACUGCAAAAUCCUCUUGUGAGACAUUAUUCGGCAAUUAAGCAGAACUUUGUAACAUUCAAGCUGGUUUGUUUAGUUGGGUCCCCAGUGGCGUAGGAAAAUGAAACCAUGCAAGGAAAUAAAGUUGUUUCCUGCGUAUAGCAGAUAUCGUGAGAAAGACACAAAGAAAUGGUUGUUUCUUUCCUAUCCUGCUCUCGUUAGGCCCCACGGUGGUUAACGGAGAUGCGGCAAAUGAAGACGAAGCUUGUAAAGAUGAAUUUGAGCUGAUGUCAAUUGACAAGAUCAUUAAUGGCAAGGUUAGAUUCGCUCAGUUUAUGAUUUUUGUAUUUUAAUUGGUCUUGGAGUUCAGCGUUUGUUACCACUUAGGGCCUGUUUACAUGGAGAUGGGGGACCCCAGGUAGGUGGGGUAACCCGCUUAGGUGGGGUAACCCGCCUGUCCAUACAAUCUCUCAUUUUAAUGUGAUCACGUUUACAUGUUAGGCGGGGUAACCCGCCACAUGUUACCUAGCCUGAGUAUCAGGCGUUUCUGGGGGAAAAGGGGAAAGAUGGAAGCGAAAAAGGAAGAGAGCUGAAGGAGAGAAACGCCUGACACAGAUGCUUUUGCUGGAGCCUUCCACCCCCACACAGCAUGAUUCGAUACCAUCCAAUCAAAAUCACAUCCGGUCAUUGGGUUGUCAGCUUCACGUGUCAAAAAGCUAGCCUAAAAUAGGGUCAGGGCGUAUUGUGUGUUAUCCAAUCACUGCCACACCCAGAUUCUGGAUGUGUCACACGAUUUGCUGAAUGGUUUUGUGUCAGGCCUUCCUUUCUCUUCUGCCCCUCCCCCCUCCCCCAUCAAAAAUCUCCUCUCCCCUAUCCCCUUAGGAAGGCCUGAUACUCAGGCUACAUGUUACCUCACCUACCUGGGGCCCCCCACCUUCAUGUAAACAGGCCCUUACAGUCAACAAAGUGACAAAUAUACCACCCUCCGCUAUGAAUGGAUAUCUUGUGGUUCAAUUAUAUACGUAGUUUAAAUGUUUCAGUAAAACCUGUAUCAGAAGACACCUUUACAACCUUGGCAGGUGUCAGCGUAAUAGAAGUGUCCGCUAAAUACAGCUUCGUUUUAAAUGUGGGAAGAAACGUUUGAAACAUACUAAGCUACUCGUCCGCUUAAUACAGGGUGUUCGCUUAAUAUGGGGUCUAUGCGAUCCGCUACAACAGGUUUCAUUGUAAGGCCUUCCUGAUUGCAUUAGCAAAUACAGUGAAACCUGUAUCAGAAAGACAACCUUACAUCCUUCGCUGGUGUCCGUUUUUAAAUAUAGGUGUCUUCUAAAUACAGGCUUGUUUUACUUAAAAGAUGAGAAGAAACGUCUGAAACACACUGAGCUAUUCGUCCGCUUAAUACAGGGUUUCCGCUUGCUAUUGAGUCCGCAUAAUAUAGGUUUCACUGUAUUUUUCUUUGUUUCUGUGGUUCCGGUAAGGUGUGAUAAUAGUUUUAAAACAAGGGGGAAAGGGUGAAUUGCACCACAGCAGCUACUUUAUAAUCAAUCAAUCACUCAAUCAAUUAAUCGAUCAGUCAAUGAAUCAAGGCAAUCAAUCAGUCAGUCAAGGCAGUCAAUUAAUCAGUCAAUCGAUCAUCGAUUAUAGUAAAUAAAGUUCAACGUUGGUAAUGGAGCGCGACAGAUUUCUUUGUUAUAUGUUUUAGUCAGCUUUUCGAGACUUGUGCAAAUUGUUGAAUCAUCGCUUUAAACUAACUGAAAACUAGAAAAUUCAAUCACAAUAUGUGAACCAAACACAAAAACAAAAGAUUGUGCACGGCCAGGGAGCUCCCAACAUAAACUGCAAUACGGUUGUCUUACCUAAUUUUUGCCAGCUGUCACAAACAGUUCCUCUACUAUAACUAUGACUGAUGAAAAACAAUGGACGCUGCCAGAUUUCUUGUGUAGUCGAUUCUUAUAUUCUUUUUUUCACCUGUUUUUAGGAUGGUGAAUUUCCUGGUCUGAUACCACUGAUUGAAAGUUACCUUGGCAACGUCGAUGUGGACAUAGACACGCGUUGUACUAUUUCCCAGUACCUAAAGUUUAUCCAAAGGAAGGCUUCCGGUGAGUUAUACUGAAAUACAGUCAAGGUUAAAGAUACAGUCAAGGUUAAAGAUAGCGGCGCCAUGUAAAUUAUGCCGGACAAAAGCUCUCUGUUUGGGGAAAAAAAUAGCGAGGAAAGGGAAGGGAAACGGGGGCGGGGGGGCUUUUCCCUUUCCCUAUCGCGCUCGACCAAAGGCCUGUUCACAAGCUAAUGGUUUUGCUCUUCAAGUACGCAAAACAAACCAGUUAGGUAGGUUAAUGAUUUCACAAAGAACGUUUCAACCUGGCAAACGCUACGGUUUUUUUUGUUGUGGUUUUCGUUUGUUCUUCGUUAAAGAAGAGAUACGGCAGCUUCCGCGUGGACGUAUCCCUUACUACAUGAACCACAAAGGAAAAACACACCCCAAAAAACGCCAGCUACGCAGCGUCAGCGUGUCAGUGUUCAAAAGUGUAAUCAUCAGUCCCAGGGUUAGGUUAAAUGGCGCGCUUAUUUUGUUUUGCAAAUGUUCUUACCUGAGUUUAAGUAUUGCAUCAAGGUAAAUUACAAAAUUUGAGCAGGGUGGGUGAGUUGAAAUCUGGCCAAAGUGCAAAUGGUGAGGAAUGUCUGUCUUAUCAAUUUACCACAAUGUUCAUUCGCAUUUGCCCGUUUUCUACAGGUGAGCUGCUGACCACAGCACAGUGGAUUCGCAAAUUCGUAGAGGUGCACCCUGAAUACAAGCAAGACUCAGUGGUCAGCGAGAGCAUCUGUUAUGAUCUAAUGAACACUUUUGAUCGCAUCACUCGGGGGGAACUUGGCGCACCACAACUUUUUGGAAAACCCACAUCCAAGACGAGCGACGUUCUCUUAAAGAAAUGUCUAGAAAUAAAGGAAGAAAUGAAGAAAAUUGAGGCAGAAAAGUAAUUUAACCAAAACAGUCGCUUGUUUUUAACUCUUGAAUUUCCAGGACGCAACCUAACGCGGGCCGUGAAUUUCUUACUUUUGAUUCUGUUCUAACCAAACUUCUUCAACUUUGGAUCGUUUUUCAUUCUUCUUUGCCUUUAAACGCUCUUCGCAGCCGAAGGUGUAUCGUAAGUUGGGAGAAUUAGAUGGCUUUGAUCACCUCCACUUGUUUAGACUCGUUAAGUAUAAUAUCUGAAUGUAUCAAAUAUCAAAAACAUAAGUCAGGUGGUAAAAAUAUUUAGUUAACUUCAUCUCUCCCUAUACUUAGAUUAUAAAACAACAUUUAACGAGAAGGGGGCUUAUUCAAAAUUCAACAAUAUUCAACGGUAUAAAAUGUUGAAAAAUAGGUUUCUAACUAUUAACUUGAAACUAAAAUGAGGGGCUAAAAUUCUAACUAUAUUGCUGAUCUUUGUAAAAGGUUAUUGUUAUUAUAAAUAACAUCUCAACGGGUCUACCUUUCUCAUGUUCAAUUACCCGAAUGAUAACCCAUGUUUUCCUACGUGCUAUUUGGUAGAGUAAUUUAAAGUGGACAGAAAUUUUGAAAAUUUUCCAUUCAGUAGAUAAGUCUGGAGAAAAUAUAUUGAACAUCAAUAUCUCAAUGUCCACCAGAAGAAUGCUGUUUACAGUGCCGGAUCCACACCUUGAGAUAAGGGGGGCGGGGAGCCUGUCUCCAAAAAUUUUUUUCGGCUCUUCGAGCCUCAGUUUGGUUUGAAAAUAGGGGGUGCAGGGGGGGCUGGAUCGGCCACUGGUUUAUUUAAGGACUGUUUACUUUUAAUUGUAUAAUGACGUCACCGUGUUUUCAUCAGUAGACAUGCGUCAUUUUUCGUGUGUGAAACAGUUAACUUGCUGUAAAUAUUUUAAAUCUGUAUAUGUUGUACUGAGAGUGUUCAACUCACCACCCGUGAAUUGUUAACUGUUCCACUUGUUUUUAGCUGUAUAACUUUUGUCCAUCUUUGCCUUCAAAAUAUUGUAACCUUUCAGAAAUAAGGAGAUACUUUCAUUAAAAUGGUCUUCCGGAGAGCCGUAAAAAUUACCUUAAAAAACAACAAAUUUACCAACCAAUAAAUUCUACUGAUAUUUGUCUCUUUCAAAGUAGUCCUUACUAAUAAUUUCUUUGCUUUUAACAUGUAAGAAUUAAAAGCGCGUGGACUUCCCUAAACUUAGCACCCGCCGGGAGUUCGUUGCAAAGUUUCAUUCUAUUCUGAAGGCGGGGCUGAAGGCCGUUUACAACGCCGACUAAGAUAUGCGGAUACUGUGCGAAUUAGUGGGUAAACUAAUUGAUAAAAUUACUUCUUAGUUAUUUGGAUAUGUAGUAGCAAUGAUUUUGUACAUUAAAUAACUAGUUGUUCAGCUAUCUUGUGUUCUAGUCUUUAUGUCGUACCGCAGCGUACAAAAUUAAUGUGUUCAUGAAGACCUUUGAGCCGUUUGGUUCUUUGCGAUGGACCGGUACUGUGUAUAUACAGACAGAGUAAAUCUCAAGCUUAGCUCAGCCUCUUUCCUAUGUCUACCUUCGGAACGAAGUUCUUUGGGCGCAAACUUAGGGCACUUUCCAUUCGUCAGAACUGACUGGCCAGACUAUUCCCGUCACAAUGAUAAUUUCACGUUAAAUCAAACCUAUCCAGCCUGGUCAAUCAAAUCCUAUAUAGUAUGCACGAGGGAGAUGGGUUUUUAGCAAAAACUCUUGGAAAAAGCCGAUGUCAUUUUCAAACUGACUGUUCCAGCCAUGGUCCGGCC